ACUUUCUCACUGAAUAUUUAUUCUCUCUCUCUCUCUCUCUCUCGUUUUAUACAUAUUGGGUUGAAAAGAAAGAAAAAUUAACCACCAACCAACCCCUCGUGUGUUUGUGUGUGUUUUUGGUCGUCAACCCCUACAAAAGGAGCUUCCCACGAAGCUUCCCACCUUCCUUCCUCCAUAGCUAUUUUUCUCCUUCCUUUCUUUCCCUUUCUCUUUUCUCCCAAACACUGCCCAAUUUAAAGACGAGGACAAAGACCCACCAACCUCACUCCGUCGCUCUCACUGUCUUCCAUUCAGAGCUCACGGCAGCACCACCUUUGAAGCAGCAGCACCGCCGCUGAAGCAGCCGCAGCAGGGGAAGUUGUCUUAUUACUAAUUUCUAGUUGAUGGAGCACAACAAUUCCCCAGCUUUUAAGAUGAAUCGGAAGAGAAAAUCCCAAGAACAAGAUGAUGGCAUUUCAAACACAUUUUAUAUGGAUGAGGUUAACGAAGACCUUCUUGAAAGGGUACUUUCGAGGCUACCAACAUCUGCAUUCUUCCGCCUUACUUCGGUAUGCAAAAGAUGGAAAUCAGUUGCAUAUUCUCCCAGUUUCAAGCUUGCCUGCUCUCAGAUUCCUUCUCGGGAUCCUUGGUUUUUCAUGGUCGAUCCCCUUCUUAACCGGUCAAUUGUCUUUGACUCCGCUGAAAGAAGCUGGAAGAAACUCAAUCAUCCGCCUCUCCUCCAGACAAAAUCCAACUGCAAUUCCAUGCCUGUUUCAGCUUCUGGUGGCUUGAUCUGUUUCCGCAAUUCACAGGGCAACUUCAUUGUAUCCAACCCUGUGACAGGGGUUUGCAAUGAACACCCUCCGCUGGAUCCAUCCUUACAAAAUCUCACAUUCCAUGCCAUUGUGAUGAGCUCAAGUCCCAAGUAUGAUCAAUCAUCUUACAAGCUUGUUGUUGUCUUUGGCGAGCUUCCAAAUUUGUCCUUCCGAGUGUAUAACUCAAGCACUGCCUGUUGGGAAGAAGAGACUGCCUUGCGUAAAAACUUCGAGGAUGAUGAUUCUACAGAAUCUGACUCAACCGAUGACAGUGCUGUUUACUUCCUUAGCAGGGCUGGAAAUGUAGUGGCAACCAACAUGCAAAGAAGCCCAUCCAAGCAAUACUCAUCCGUAAUCACUUCCAAAAAGGGCGAGGAGACAGUCUAUUUCCUCAGCUCAUCAGGCUCAGUUGUGGCCUGCAACCUGACCACCAAGUGCUUCUCCGAGUACCCCAGGCUACUCCCUGUCUUCUUCGAGUACUCCAUCGACUUGGUAGAAUGCGGAGGCAGAAUGCUGGUGGUUCUUCUCUCAGAAUUCUUUGAAAGCGCGAACCUCAGGGUGUGGUGCUACGAUGAGGAAGCUCGAUCAUGGCAACACAUCGCAGCAAUGCCUCCAGCGAUGUCACACGAGUGGUAUGGCAAGAAUGUGGACAUAAACUGUGUUGGUGCCGGUAACCAGAUACUGAUCUGCUUAAGCUCUGCCGAGAUUUCGAGGUGUGUUCUGUGUGAUUUGGCUGCCAAUGAUUGGAUUGAAUUGCCCAAAUGUUUUGUGGAUGGUGAAUCCAUCAAGUUCUUGUCUGCCUUCUCAUUUGAGCCAAGGAUCGAGGCUUCUGUGUGAUUUGCAAAUUGUGUUCUUGGAUUUAUUUAUUUUUUGCUUCUUAUUGUUUUAGCAUUUGUCUUGCAUUGUAUUUUCUGUAUUUGCAUUUUUUAGAGCCAAAUGGAAAAUUGGCUUUGAUUUUAUUUUACACUGGAAAUUAUUUUAGAUUGAUGAGGUAGCACAAUGUAUAUUGGCUUUGUAACUCUUCAUGUUCUGGUGGAUUUUCUCUCUUUGUUAAAUAAGGCAAAUGAUUAUGCUCA